CUAAAAGUCCACUGAAAACUAUCUGAAAUAGUUGAUUUUGGUGAUUUAUACGAUAUGGGAAUGGAUAUGGUCGAAGGGCAGCUGCAGAUACAGCUAAAAACCAAGCAAAAACAGUAUGCUGUUCCGGACAUUCCCUACUCAAUCGCUGCAAAUGUAACCACUGAAGAGUUGAACACCCUCGUGAAUACUCUGUUGCAAGAGGCAGAUUCAUGUCACAAAGGUGUAGAGUUUGAUUUCUUGGCAGUCGGCGAGUUCCUGAGGCUGAAUCUUGGGGAUCAUUUGAAGCAGUUGGGCAUUUCUUUUGAGGAUGUCAUUGACAUUGAGUAUGUGGAGCGAUUUCCAUCACCAGAGCCACAAGAUUGUCUGAUCCACGAUGACUGGGUGUCGGCAGUGAAGUGUAGGGAUGAUUGGAUCCUCACUGGGUGCUACGAUAGCACUGUUAAUAUCUGGACAGCGAAGGGAGAACACAAACUCACGAUUUCCGGACACAGUUCUCCCAUCAAGGCGGUAUCGUGGAUUUCGCUAAAUGCAGAGUUGGGUGUAUUUGUGAGCGCAUCUCAGGAUCAGACAGUAAUGAUGUGGGGAUGGAAUAUAGCCAGGAACACAGCUGAAUGCUUGUGUGUGUGCAGAGGGCAUGAGAGAGGCAUCGACUGCGUUGAUGUGAGCGAGAAUAUCCAGAAGAUGGCCACUGGAAGUUGGGAUACGAUGCUGAAGGUGUGGUCAGCAGUGCCGAAUGAAUCCGGUGCCGACGCAGGAACAGCCAAAAAGGCCCGAGUGGAUCAGGGGGCGACUAGAACUCCAAUCCUAACGCUGCAGGGUCACAAAGAGGCUAUUUCUGCUGUUCAGUGGGUGGAUAACGAAACCAUUCUCACCGGCUCCUGGGAUCACACGAUGAAACUGUGGGAUCUCUCACUGGAAGGCCUCAAGAGCGAGAUUGUCGGCAACAAGUCCUUCUUCGAUGUGCACUUCUCCAAGCUUAGUGGACUUAUCAUUACGUGUUCGGCGGACAAGAAUCUGCGCUUGUAUGAUCCGCGGGGGAGUAAAGGAGCCACACACACCAUUCAGAACACCUACUUGGGCCACUCUCAAUGGGUGCAGACGGUUCAUUGGUCGUCAACUGAGGAGCACCUCUUCAUCUCUGGCGGAUACGAUAACCAAGUGAAGCUGUGGGAUAUGAGGAGCCCAAAAGCUCCACUCUAUGAUUUGUCCGGGCAUGAGGAGAAAGUGAUGGACUGCGACUGGUCCAAUCCAAAGUAUAUGGUGUCUGGAGGUGCUGACAAUACAGUGAGGAUCUUCAAGUCGAAAAAAGUGGUGAGAAGCUAAAGAGAUGGCAAGAAAAUGAA